UGCACCAGCCAUGGCUUCCCCGGGGCCGCCGCAGGCCCCCGCCGAGAGUCUGCCCAGCCCUCUGAGCCUCUUACUUGAGCCCCUUGGGCUGCUGCAGCUGGACCCUACCCGCAGCGAGCUGCUGCUGCUCGGCCUGGUGGCGCUGCUGGGGUGGAGCUGGGCGCGGCGGCACCCGGCGCGAGGCUUCCCACCCGGCCCCACGCCCUGGCCCCUGGUAGGCAACUUCGGCUAUGUCCUGCUGCCGCCUUUCCUCCGGCGGCACAGUUGGGUGUACCGCCAGGUGAGGGCCUUAGGGCUGGAGCCCGGGGCUGUAAGCCAGCAUGUGCUCAUGGCCCACCUGGCCUGUGUGUACGGCAACAUCUUCAGCUUCUUCAUUGGCCACUACCAGGUGGUGGUCCUCAACGAUUUCCACAGCGUGCGCGAGGCGCUGGUGCAGCAGGCCGAGGUCUUCAGCGACCGCCCGCGGGUGCCGCUCAUCUCCAUCAUAACCAAGGAGAAGGGGAUUGUAUUUGCACAUUAUGGUACAGUCUGGAGACAACAGAGGAAAUUCUCUCAUUCAACUCUUCGUCAUUUUGGCUUGGGAAAGCUUAGCCUGGAGCCCAAGAUUAUUGAGGAGUUCAAAUAUGUGAAAGAGGAAAUGCAAAAGCAUGGAGAACACCCCUUCAGUCCUUUCUCUAUUGUCAAUAAUGCCAUCUCUAACAUCAUUUGCUCCUUAUGUUUUGGCCAGCGUUUUGACUACACCAAUAGUGAGUUUAAGAAGAUGCUUCAUUUUAUGUCGCGAGGAUUAGAAAUCUCUCUGAACAGCCAAGUCCUCCUGAUCAACAUAUGUUCCUGGCUUUAUUACCUUCCUUUUGGACCAUUUAAGGAAUUAAGACUAAUUGAAAAAGAUAUAACCAGUUUCCUUAAAAAAAUCAUCCAAGAUCAUCGAGAGUCUCUGGAUGUAGAAAACCCUCAGGACUUCAUAGACAUGUACCUUCUCCACAUGGAAGAGGAAAGGAAAAGUAAUAGCAGUAGUAGUUUUAAUGAAGAUUACUUGUUUUAUAUUAUUGGGGAUCUCUUCAUUGCUGGGACUGAUACUACAACUAAUUCUUUGCUUUGGUGCCUUCUGUAUAUGGCGCUGAACCCUGAUGUACAAGAAAAAGUUCACGAAGAAAUUGAAAGGGUCAUUGGCCCCGACCGAGCCCCUUCACUCACUGACAAGGUCCAGAUGCCCUAUACUGAGGCCACCAUCAUGGAGGUGCAAAGACUGGCUGUGGUGGUGCCACUAGCCAUUCCUCAUAUGACUUCAGAGAAAACAGUGCUUCAAGGGUAUACCAUCCCUAAAGGCACAGUGGUCAUACCCAACUUGUGGUCAGUACACAGAGACCCAGCCAUCUGGGAGAAACCAGAUGACUUCUAUCCUAAUCGAUUUCUGGAUGAGCAAGGACAGCUUAUCAAAAAAGAAACCUUUAUUCCUUUUGGGAUAGGGAAGCGGGUGUGUAUGGGAGAGCAACUGGCAAAGAUGGAAUUAUUCCUGAUGUUUGUGAGCCUAAUGCAGAGUUUCACAUUCACUUUACCUAAGGAUUCUAAGAAGCCUAUCCUGACGGGAAGAUUUGGUCUAACUUUAGCCCCACAUCCAUUUAAUAUAGUUGUUUCAAAAAGAUGA